UUCAUUUGUAAAUUUAAGUACAGUAACUGUAAAAUUCAAUCUUCCAAUCAAAUUCAUGUGCAGAAAGUUAAUUUUGAAAGUGUCGAUCAACUGAAUAUUUGGAACAUGACAUUAUUAAGAACAUUUGGUAUUAACAAUAUUAACAAACUUGGUAAAUUUUGUUAUAACAAUCUUCCCACUUUUCGUACACAACUUCGUCUAUAUAAUACACAACAAGAAGUAGUAGUGUCAUUUUAUGAUGAUAAAGCAACAAAAUAUGCAGAAAAAUCUAUCAGACCUGUUACAUUAAAAGAAUUAAUGAGAUUUGUACAACCAUCUUUAAAUAAUACCUCAACAUUACUUGAAUCAGCAAAGUAUACACGUUCAGAAUUACCAGUUCGAUUAGCAAGAAGAGUAAAAGCAUUACAAAAUUUACCUUUCAUAGUAGGAACAAAUCCAUAUAUAAAAAGUAUUUAUAAAUUAUAUUAUAAUUCAUUUGAAUUAAUUAGAUCAUUUCCUGAAAAUAUUUGUGAUAAAGGAAUUGAUGAAAAAUUUGCUGAAAUGUUAAAAGAAAUGGUUACUUCUCAUUCCGAAAAUAUCCCUACUUUAGCCAAAGGUAUGACGUUUCUUUUGGAUUAUUUUUUCAUAAACUUUUUUAAAUUUUCACUUUCUCUUUUUUUUUUUAAAGGUUUUCAAGAAUGCAAAAAAUAUAUGUCACCGGAAGAUAUAAAAAAUUUUCUUGAUGAUAUGAUAAGUGCACGUAUAGGUAUAAGAUUAAUCGCAGAACAACAUAUAGCAUUACAUAAUAAUUUAAAUGAUACAUCUUAUACAGGUAUAAUAGAUACAAAAUUACAACCACAAAAAUCAAUUCAAUCAUGUUCAAAUUUUGUUAAGGAGUUAUGUGAAGUACAUUAUGGUUCAGCACCAAACAUAUUAAUUGAUGGACAAAUUGACACAAUAUUUACUUAUGUACCGGUACAUUUGGAAUAUAUUAUAACCGAAUUGUUAAAAAAUUCUUGUAGAGCUACUGUAGAAUAUUCUCAAAAAGUUAAUAGAACUAAACAUCCUCCUGUUAUUGUUACUAUAUCAAAAGGUAAAAACUUUAUCGGAAUUAGAGUAAGAGAUCAAGGUGGUGGUGUACCUACUAAAGAUUUAACUUCUAUAUUUGAUUAUUCUUAUACUACUGUUCCUCAAGAUGACAUUAUAGGAGGGUUAGAGGGUCAGAAUAUUUUAGCGAAUGUAAGUAAAAUGGCUAUGCAAUCUGGCUUAGGUGGACCUAUUGCUGGACUCGGUUAUGGACUACCAUUAGCUCGUAUUUACGCUAACUAUUUUGGUGGUUCAAUUGAUUUAGUGUCUUUACAUGAUUAUGGUUGUGAUGUAUUUCUAAGGUUAAAACAAAUUGAUAAAUCUUUAGAAGACUUAGAAAUCUAAUUAUUUAAUAUGAACUUUUGAAUAAUCAAAAUAUUAAUAAUCUAAAAUAAUAAAUAAAAAAUAUUAUUU